AUGCUCGCAGAUAAACUUCUCUUUGAGGCUUUGCAAUACUCGCAUGUGUGUAAGUACGCAUGCUCUGAAGAAGUACCUGAGCUUCAAGACAUGGGAGGUCCAGCGGAAGGUGGGUUUAGUGUGGCAUUUGAUCCAUUGGAUGGAUCAAGCAUUGUGGAUACAAACUUCACUGUGGGAACCAUAUUUGGGGUUUGGCCUGGUCAUAAGUUAACCGGAGUCGCGGGAGGUGAUCAAGUGGCUGCAGCUAUGGGAAUUUAUGGUCCAAGAACCACUUAUGUUUUGGCUGUUAAAGGGUUUCCAGGAACUCAUGAGUUCUUGCUUCUUGAUGAAGGGAAAUGGCAGCAUGUUAAGGAGACAACAGAGAUUCAAGGAAGGGAAAAUGUUCUCACUAGGAAACUUGAGAGCCACCUGACUGAUUACUACGUGAAAGAGAAGUACACACUGCGAUACACAGGAGGAAUGGUUCCUGACGUUAACCAGAUUAUUGUGAAGGAGAAAGGAGUCUUCACGAACGUGACUUCUCCUACGGCUAAGGCAAAGUUGAGACUCUUGUUCGAAGUGGCUCCUCUUUGUCUGCUCAUUGAGAAUGCUGGUGGGUUCAGUAGCGGUGGAUACAAGUCUGUGCUCGACAAGACCAUCGUCAACCUCGACGACAGAACUCAAAUUGCUUAUGGCUCAAAGAACGAGAUCAUCCGCCUCGAAGAAACCAUGUACGGAACAUCAAGACUCAAGAAUGUUCUCAUUGGAGCUACUGCUUAG